UCCAAAGAAAAGGCCGACGAAGUAGGAAAAAUCAAAAGCGCUUACAUAAAAAGAGGCCAUCAAGAAAGCCCAUACUAGCCGGACCGACAUGAUGGAUAUGGAUAUUUUUAGCGGUGAUUUUAGAAACCCGACCCGGUUCGUUAUAUUCCAACUACAGCAGCCGUCUCUUGUUCAUAUCGGCGCUCGGAGAUCGGGGAUCGCUAUUCGCUAGUGACACCUUCUUCUUCGUGUCCACUCUCCAUCCAGAUCAGGUCGAAAACUUGAUAGGGGACCAAGAUCGUGUCUAAGCAGCCAUGGCCAAGCAUCAUCCUGAUCUGAUCAUGUGUCGGAAACAACCUGGGAUUGCCAUUGGGCGAUUGUGCGAGAAAUGCGAUGGCAAAUGCGUGAUAUGCGAUUCCUAUGUCCGCCCUUGUACACUGGUUCGGAUCUGCGAUGAAUGUAACUACGGUUCAUUCCAGGGGAGGUGUGUCAUUUGCGGAGGAGUUGGAAUCUCAGAUGCUUACUACUGCAAAGAGUGUACACAACAGGAGAAAGACAGAGAUGGUUGUCCUAAGAUUGUCAAUCUUGGCAGUGCGAAAACGGAUCUGUUCUACGAACGUAAGAAAUAUGGAUUCAAAAAACGAUGAUCACUGUUGGUUACUCGAGCUAUUUGAUCUUUACUAAUGCUAGGAAGAAAGUGUUUGUACUUGUCUGUGUUAAGAAAAUUUAUCCGGUGAAGAAAGAUUAAGACAUGUGUAUUCAAAGAAAAUAUGAUGGUUUGUUGUUUACUCAUGUGUCUUAUCGAUUAGUCGAACGUGUUAGCUUUUUACAAGCUUGGUUAAUUAAGUUGCCUUUUCUGAA